AUGGCGAAGACAUCCGCAGAGACCUCUCACUUGGAGAGGACGAUAUCGCAGCCGUUGAACGGAGCCCAAAGCUCGGAAGAUGAACCAACCAGCAUUUAUCGAGUUGGGUGGCGGACCCUGAUGGCCAUUGUAGCUUUAUCCAUGGCAAAUGCGUGUGCGGCCAUUGCUAAUACGACAAAUACAAUAAUCCGUUUUCAGGUGAUGAGCCUCGGCGAUGCCAAGAAUGCCUCUUGGAUAGCGAAUGCGAACUUCUUGAUGACUCUGGCGUUUGGACCUGUCCUCGGAUCUCUCAGUGACCGCUUUGGCAAGAGGUGGUUUAUUAUUGUCGCCACCGUGUUUGGGGUCGUAGGAUCAUGUAUCUCGGGAUCUGCACAGAAGACCACGGUCGUCAUCGGGGGUAAUAUCCUCACAGGUCUUGCCAAUGCCGGAUGUAUCAUGGGUACGCCCUCUGCCCAAGAGGUUACACCGAAUAGACUGAGGCCUUGGACCAUGGGGUUUGGGCAAUGCCUGGCCAGCAUAGCUGUAAUCGGUGGCACUAUUGGUGCUGGUGCUUUUGUCAAAUUUCAUACCUGGCGAUGGUCAUACUACCUCAACGCAAUUUUCUACGUCCUAAAAAUCGACUAUGUUGGCAUCCUCAUCUUCACCGGAUCCCUCGCAUCGAUCAUCAUUGGUGUAACCUGGGGCGGAACUACAUAUGCUUGGGACUCGCCUCAGUGCCUCGCCACGCUGAUCAUCGGUUGCAUUGGGCUCGGCUUGUUUGGUAUUUGGGAGGGGUUUGUCGUUAGUGAGGGUAUCUUGGACCAUCGGCUAUUCCAGUCGCGCAACUUUCCUAUCCUGAUCUUUGUGUGCGUGAUCGACGGCAUGCUCCUCCUUGGCGUCAAUGUCUUGUUUUCACAAGAGAUUCCGACCCUGUUUACCGUUGAUCCAGUCCAGAUCAGUGUGAUCUUGACACCUUAUCUGGCGACCUCGGCUUUUGGCUGCAUUCCUGCUGGAGCACUGAUGGCCCGCACCAAAUCAUACAGAGUCAUGCUCGUGGCGGCCUUGCUGUGGUGUGCCUUGUUUACCGGUAAGCCUCUCAGAGUGGUGGUACUGGAGCAUUCGCAGCCGCUGACGAAGUCGACGCCAGGUCUGAUGGCCAUGCUGAACCCAUCGCGCCAAGGCUGGGCGUAUGCGUUCUCAGCCAUGUUCGGAAUUGGCACAGCUGUGACGACAGUCAUUCCUAUCGUUGCACUCGCACUUUCCGUACCGUCUUUCCUCCUUGGCACAGCAGGGACUUUCAGUGUCUCGUGCCGUGCGCUGGGUGGAAUCAUUGGCAUCACUAUUUUCACGGCAAUCUAUAACAAUAAGAUGGCUGUACGUUUGCCGGCCGACGUGGGCGCUGUACUUGGCCGGGCUGGACAAUCGGCGCUCUUACCAGACACAUUGGGUGCUCUGCAACUUGGAGACCCCAGCGCGUUACAGCAUGUUGCUGGCUUGCCAGCAUCGCUGAUACCCAGCAUACUUGACGCUCAGACAGAUGCAAAUGUGUACAGUUGGAAGUAUGUGUGGAUUGCUAUCACCGCGAUAGUCACUGCCAAUGCAAUAGCUGCCUGUUUUCUGGAAAGCGUGGCAGGGAGGAUGAACAACCAUAUCGAGUCGGCUUUAGAAGAGUCCGAGGCUAGAGAGAAGCAAAAGGGAGCAGUGCUUUGA